UGUAAGGAGCAGCUCAUCCCAGUAGUAGAAUAGAGCAGGCAGAUAAGUGAGAGCAGAGGCUGGAGGGAGAGGCACUCACUAUACUGUGUGGUGCUGAUGCUGGUGGUCAUCAUCUGAAGGUCUGACUGCAGCACCUCAAGGACCUGGCCACUUUCUCUUUCCACUUUAAGAGCACUUCAGGGUUCCAUGCAAUUCUUUCAAGAUGAUGUCAAUGAACAGCAAGCAGCCUCACUUUGCCAUGCACCCGAGCUUACCUGAGCACAAGUACACCUCCCUGCACUCCAGCUCCGAGGCAAUAAGAAGAGCAUGCUUGCCAACUCCACCGCUGCAGAGUAACAUCUUCGCCAGCCUAGAUGAGACCCUCCUGGCCCGGGCCGAAGCGUUGGCCGCCGUGGAUAUCGCAGUGUCCCAGGGCAAGAGUCACCCAUUCAAGCCUGAUGCCACCUACCAUACCAUGAGCAGCGUGCAAUGCGCUUCCAACUCGUCUGUGCCACUUGGUCACCAUCAUCACCACCACCAUCAUCACCACCACCAGGCGCUGGAGCCCGGAGACCUGCUGGACCAUGUCACUUCCCCGUCCCUAGCCCUGAUGGCCGGUGCUGGACAUGAUGGGGUCGGGGGUGGUGGAGGAGGGGGCGGUGGAGGUGGCGGAGGUAACGGGGGAUUGAUCUCCACUUCGGGCCAUCCGCACGGCCACAUGCACGGCCUGAGCCACCUCUCGCACCAGGCGGCCAUGAACAUGACGACCGCCCUGCAGCACCAGGGACUGGUGGCCGCUGCCCAUCACGGACAGGGACAGGUGGCCUCCGCUGUGGGGGCGGCAGCAGGACUGGCCUCCAUCUGUGACUCUGAGACCGACCCCCGGGAGCUGGAAGCCUUUGCCGAGCGCUUUAAGCAGCGGAGGAUCAAGCUGGGGGUGACCCAGGCGGACGUGGGCUCUGCCCUGGCCAACCUGAAGAUCCCCGGGGUGGGCUCCCUCAGCCAGAGCACCAUCUGCAGGUUCGAGUCCCUCACCCUGUCCCAUAACAACAUGAUCGCCCUGAAGCCCAUCCUACAAGCCUGGCUGGAGGAGGCCGAGGGGGCCCAGAGGGAAAAAAUGAACAAGCCCGAACUCUUUAAUGGGGGGGAAAAGAAACGCAAGAGGACUUCCAUCGCCGCCCCCGAGAAGAGGUCGCUGGAGGCAUAUUUCGCCGUCCAGCCGAGACCCUCCUCAGAGAAGAUCGCGGCCAUAGCCGAGAAACUGGACCUCAAAAAGAAUGUGGUUCGGGUCUGGUUCUGUAAUCAGAGACAAAAGCAGAAACGAAUGAAAUUCUCUGCCAACUACUAACUCCAUUUAUUGUACUGAUUGAUUAUUAUUUAUUUAUUUAUUUAUUUGUCUGUUGGAGGGAGGAGGGAUUCUCUCCGGUAACAGAUCUAGGAAGCGGAUGAUUACACUAAGAAAAUACAGAGAUUAUUUAUUGUCGGGACCAAUGGACAAUAAAACAGCACAGGGGAGGAGUGACUGCAAACAAAUAUUCUUCCAUUUUAAGCUUAAACUCAAGGGGAAAUGUUGUUUUACCUGUUCUGGAAAAGGACAACUCGUGUAAAGCCAUCACAUAUCGCAGCCCUAAGGGUGAUCAUUAUGAUGAUGAAAAUAAUGUGAAUUUCCCCCCUAUUUCUGUCUCUUUCCCGUCCCUUUUUUGGUCCCCAUUCUGUCUCUUCUUGUUGCUGGUCCCAGGGAGGGCUGUAUCCUACUCAUCAGGUCAGAGAACAGACCAGGAAUGGUUGCUUUCUAUUAACCCUUUCAUUAGAAUGCCCCCUGUCAUCAAUCGGAUGCACUCUGAGCCCACUCACUGUGAUCAUUGUAGGGUAGGAAUGUUGAGUGUUUUGGCGAUGAUCCUGUUCUUAUUAUCUGUCCUUUCUGUUUGUAUUGUCCAGAGGUUUAGUUCUUUUAUACAAGGUCUGUACUUGUGCUGAUGCCGCCUAUAUAAAAGUUUUGCACUAGGGCAGCGUCGUUAGUUUAGCACCAGUACAGGGUGUUGUGCAGUGGGUGGCAGCAUCCAUUCAGUGACAUUUCCUUCAGGCAGACCCCUUCAGAGACCCCCACAGACCAUGCAGCACCCUCAAGGCUCAUACAUGACUUAUAUGAAGAGUCGGGAUCAUUUGCAACUUCUUUAAUUUCCUUGUUUGCAGAGCAAACUUUCUAUGCAUAUGGGCACUACAUAGACUAGUAUCUGGUAGACUUUGUGUGUGCUGUGACUUCACUGUUUUUGGCUGUCUUCACCCAAAAAAAAAGGUAAAAACAAAAAAAGAAUCCACAACAUUGAUGUCCAGUUAUUGUGUUAUGCAGAACAAAUAUUGUAAAUAUUUUACAUGAUGGUGACAAUGUGACCACGAAUAUUUUCUCCAGGCGCCUCAUCAUUUUCUGUACCUGUUUAUACAGAUGUUUCUUUCUUAUUUAUCUCCCCCCCCCCCCCUUCCAGUCUUUUAUUUUUGGGAUUUUUAUUUAUGUACGCCAGCUGCAAUAUGAAGAUGUGCAACGGUGACAAGAUACUUCUAAUAAAUGCAAACAAUGA